AUGCAUUUCUCCAAGAUCGCUACCGUCCUCUCCUUCGCUGCUCUCGCACUCGCCGCUCCGGCCCCAGAGGCAGCUCCAGCCGACGGGCUCGUGACCCGAUCCACAUGCCCGCCCCCAAAUGGCUGCAAGAAGAGCGGCAAAUACUACAAAAUCGGACCGACUUGCCCGGUCGGGGACUCCUACCGCUGCAGCACUACCGCGGUCAUUGCUAUCAUCAACUGCGUCAAUGUUCUCACCAACAUCGCCGUGGACGUUGACAUUAAAGACGUCGUCGACAUCAAAUUUUAG